CAUCAUCUUGAAGUCGCAAUACAUUCAUAUCGAGAAAUACCAGAAUUCAAUAACCGAGAAUAUAGAAUUUGAAUGGCCAUCACCGCGGAAUCUUUCAUGCCUGAUCUGUCUGGCCAAGUAGCCUUAGUCACAGGCUUCGGUACCAGCAUCGAGCUGGCAAGAAAAGGCGCUCGUGUUUAUAUUGCAGGCCGAUCCGAGUCAAAGUACCAAGACACGGUCCAGACUAUUAUCGCUGAAUAUCCUGCCGCUGAUGUUAGAUUUCUUCCUGUGGACCUGAUGGAUCUCGGUAGUGUCUCGAGAGCAGCGGAGAUUGUCAUGCAACAGGAAAGCAGAUUACACCUUCUUGUCAAUAAUGCCGGAGUGAUGUGCACUCCCUAUGAAGAAACAAAAGAUGGGUUUGAGAUGCAUAUUGCGUUUGCGGAUGAUUCUGUAGCUGGAACUGUCCGAAUUGUCAAUGUAUCAAGCGACGGGCAUGAAAAGCUUGCGCCGAAACGGGGAAUCAUCUUUGAAGAUGCCAAUUUGAAAGGUGACUACUCGGUCUGGACUCGAUACGGCCACUCAAAACUAGCCAAUGUUCUUUACACAAAGGAGCUGGCCAAAAGAUACCCAAACAUCUUAUCUUUUUCCGUACAUCCCGGGACAGUCAAAACAAAUCUUUCACAAGGUCCCCUAGCUUCAAUCCCUCUGUAUCAUUUUGUGAAGCCGUUGGUGGAGCUUGGGGCACCAGGCCCUCGGAAGGGGGCAGCAAAUAUCCUGUAUGCUGCUGUCUCAGGAUCCCUAAGUUCCUCAGAUAACGGAAGCUAUUUUCUUCCUGUUGGAAAAAUGAUAAAUGCAAGUAGGAGCGGAGAGGAUUUACAGAUGGCACAUAAACUCUGGGGAUGGACUGAGGAAGAAAUGAGAAGUAGGGGUUAUUGA